CGUCCAUUUGCAUGCACUCUUUGUGCGUUGUCCUUCUCCAGACAGCACGAUCUGAAGCGGCAUCGGGAAACUCACACUGGAGAAAAGCCUUAUCUCUGCAACGGUGGUUGCGGUAAGACAUUCACUAGGAAAGAUGCAUUGAAGCGUCAC